GUUCUAUAGGUGGGAGAAAGAAGAUUUGGUUAAGAGUGGAGUCAAGUCGAGUCGAGUCGAGUCCGAGGGAAGGAAGACACGAAGACGCAUAAAGCCGUAAAAUCCUUCCUAAGCUUCCUCCACACUCCUCUCUCUCCGUCUUCGUUUCGAUUCGUCUGCUUUUGUAGAUUUUGUGAAAGUGUUUCAGUUCAGGUUCAUUCCUUGUCACUGACCUAAUGACGUCGCAUCUCUCUCAUCACUCCCGUUUUCUCUGGAGAAAUCUAUGUUUGCCCAGGAGAAUUGAAAAUCUAUGCAAUAGGAAGAGGAACUACUCUCUCAUCUCUCCUUCUCUUUCACUCACCACCAAGUGUUUUUGCAGUUCCACAUGUAAUUUGGACGCCACGGUUUCUCAAUUCUCCAAAAUUCAACAUCUUGCGCCUGCGUCGUCGUCGAUAAACUCAGCAGAAAUUAGCGCUGCUUCUUCGAAUGGUAGAGUGAUGCUUAUCGAUGGGACAUCCAUUAUUUACAGGGCUUACUAUAAGCUCUUAGCAAGGUUGAAUCAUGGUCAUCUAACUCACGCUGAUGGAAACGCCGACUGGGUUUUGACUAUUUUCUCUGCUCUUUCUCUUAUCAUUGAUGUUUUGAAGUUUCUCCCAUCCCAUGUGGCGGUGGUGUUCGACCAUGAUGGCAUGAACUUCCGUCAUACUCUCUACCCUGCUUAUAAAAGUAAUCGUCCUCCCACACCUGAUACCAUAGUACAAGGACUUCAAUAUCUCAAAGCGUCCAUCAAGGCAAUGUCUGUAAAGGUUAUAGAGGUGCCAGGUGUAGAAGCUGAUGAUGUUAUAGGAACACUGGCUAUGCGAAGCAUUGGUGCCGGUUAUAAAGUUCGAGUUGUCUCUCCUGACAAAGACUUCUUUCAGAUUCUUUCUCCGUCACUGCGUCUUCUUCGAAUAGCACCACGCGGAUCAGAGAUGGUUUCUUUUGGAGUAGAAGAGUUUGCUAAAAAGUUUGGAAAUUUGAAGCCAGCCCAGUUUGUUGAUAUCAUAGCCCUUGCUGGAGACAAGUCUGAUAACAUUCCAGGAAUUGAUGGAAUAGGGAACGUGCAUGCAGUGGAACUGUUAUCUAGAUUUGGCACGUUGGAGAAUCUGCUGCAGUCUAUCGAUGAGAUAAAGGAAGGAAAAUUAAAAGAGAGCAUAAUAGCUAACGCGGAUCAAGCCAUGCUAAGCAAGAAGUUGGCACUGUUACGGACUGAUCUCCCCGAUUACAUAGUACCAUUUGAAACGACAGAUCUUGUUUUUAAGAAACCAGAGGACAAUGGGGAGAAAUGGAGGAGCUUAUUGGUGGCGAUAGGGGCAUACGCAGAAGGAUUUUCAGCUGAUCCAGUCAUGAGAAAAACUUUACAGUUGUGGGAGAGCCUUGACGCAUCUAAGUGUUGAAUCAUGAUAAUGAUACUAUGCAUCUUUUGUUGGAUGGGGGGUACAUAGAAUAUAAGAAAGCUCAAGGGUAGAGAGGGUUCUCGGGCAAAGGGUAGACACUUGUUGAACAAUCCCUUUGUAAGGCAGUCAUGCUUUUAUUGAAAACUAGCGAGAGAAUAGUUGAAGUUGA